GUAACUUAGUCGCAGCGACUGUAGUGAUCCUGCUGUCUGAACAAUUUAUAUGUAGUUUAUCAGCGAGCCGACAAAUAGCCGAUCUAAUAAGAUUUAGAGUUUUGAAUCAGACUUUGUGGGCUUUUGCUUUCAAAUCAAAAUAUUAAUUUAAGAUAAUUACAUCAAAUUGUCGGACGGUAAAACCCGGAAAUGUAUCACUUUGUCUCUCUGCUGUUGGAGCUGAUUUGGAUCUCCUUCAUUUCGUCUUCCUCUGCAGGCGAAGAAUCACUGGAAAAACACCCAACAAACAUCACAGUAGAACCUGGACAGAACGUCACUCUGCCAUGUAGAACUCCUGACAGCAAACCUGUUAUUGCUGUAGAGUGGAGCAGAACUGAUCUGGGGUCAGAAUAUGUUCUUCUCUACAGAAAUGACCAGUUUGAUCUAGAAAACCAGCAUCCAUCCUUUAAGAACCGGGUGGAUCUGGAGGAGGAACAGAUUAAGGCAGGAGACGUGUCUCUGGUUCUGAAGAACGUCUCCACUGAUGACAGAGGAACAUAUGAGUGUCUAGUCAUCCAGACGGAAACAAACAGCAGGGGGAAGACGGUUCUCUACAUAAACCUGGAUGUAGUUCCUCCUCCAGAUCAGAGAAACAUGACAGCAGAACUUGGACAGAACGUCACUCUGCCAUGUAGAGCUCUUGACAUUAAACCUAUUAUUGUUGUAGAGUGGGACAGAACUGAUCUGGGGGUAGAAUAUGUUAUUCUCUUUAGAAAUGACCAGUUUGAUCUAAAAAACCAGCAUCCAUCCUUUAAGAACCGGGUGGAUCUGCAGGAGGGACAGAUUAAGGAUGGAGACGUGUCCCUGACUGUGAAGAACGUGGUGACUGAUGACAGAGGAACAUAUGAGUGUCGAGUCUCCCAGUCGGAAACAACCAGCAGGAGGCAGACGGUUCUCUACAUAAAACUGGAUGUAGUUCCUCCUCCAGGGGAGCCUGUUGACAAGAACAAGGAUGGAUCUGGUCAACUGAGUGUCGUUCUGUUGGUAGCUGUCAUAAUGGGUAUUGCUAUUGCCGUUGGUGUUUUCGUGAUGUAUAGAAAGAAAUUAAAGUUUUUCCGGCCUCCUGAAGAACCAGCUGAACCUGAAGUCUCAAUACCUCUGGACUCAUCAGCUAAGUUUUGAAUUGAGCAGAUAAAGUGAAGUUCUGCUGAUGAUGAGACACAUUUCAGAGACUUAUGGAGGAUUUCCUCCUCAUGAGGACCAACAUCCUCCUCCUCCUCCUCCUCCUCAUCAACCUGCCGCAUCAAACCUGAACUCUGCCAUCAAGCGUUUCUGUCCUCCAGCAGAACCUCAGCUGGUCCAGAUCUGCUCUAAAAGCCGUUCCAGUCUGGACUUGUUGCCUCGUUAUUCUGUAAAGCUUUAGACUGAAUGUCAGGAUCCUGUUACAGUAUUGUUACUUUUAGAAGUUUCUGUAUUUAAACCUCCAAAUGUGUCCUGAUUUCAUCUUCAUCAUCACUGAACACAUCUGCCUGAUGGGUGCGAUGCCUUAUUUCACUCUGCAGAACCGCUGCGGCUCACUGUGCAGCUCUAGUUGCCUUCAGCAGCAGCUAACUGGUUAUUAUCUGACUUCAUGCUGAGGAGAACUUCAGGUCUCAGGGCCGACCUGCUGGUUCCUCUGGUUCUCCUGGUAAUGGAUCAAAUGGCUGCUUUAUGCACUGCUAAUGUUGUUUUAACAGAAACGUCUCAUUCAGGUUGUUAAAUGUUACGCUUGCCUUAAAAUCGAUUAAAUUGUUAUUUAUGAACCAUU